UGAAGCUGUGUUUGGCGAGAUGUUUCAUACCCUCAUACACUCUCCUGCUCUUGAGACAAUCUUUAAGUUAGAACACACCUACUCAAUGGCUGUAGAAGACAUAGUGAAGCAGAGAGAUGCUGCUCUACGUAAGCUACAAGACAAACAAGCAAAGGAGAUGGAGAGAGCCGUCAAGAAUCUAGAUAUCACCCAUGAUGAUCUACACGUCAACCGUCUUGCAGCCAUCCACUUUGAAAACACUCAAAGAGAGGAGUCAAGAUGGGACAACGAGUUGCGCAACCUUCAAGAUUCUCAGCGUGAGGAGUUUCACGAGUGGAUCAAGAACUUACAUGAGGACAUGGGGAACGGUGUAGAAGGACCUGUAAGUCGUAGGAUCAGAGCAUUGUCAGAGUCGAUGCCGGUGGAACCUGAAGAAAACGUUCCUGAUCAACCCAAGAUGGAGGAGAGCUACACCAUUCAUCUAGGUGCCCAAAUGAAGACCAUGCACAACCUGCGACUGAUGAGUAUAGAUGUCUUGGAUCUGGGUAGGCAUAAACCUAACAGAGAAGGGGGAAUUUUGAUACCUCAACCCCAGCGACUGCAGACAGCUCUUUCCCUAUACUCAACCAAUCUGUCAGGGGUGGUGCUCAUGGUGGAUGAUAGGGUCAGCUCUUAUACCGGUAUUAAAAGAGAUUUUGCCACGGUGUGUCAGCAGUCGACAGACUUCCAUUUCCCGGACCUAGAGACCCAGCUCAGAGUGAUCCAUCAGGGCGCCCUCAGGGUCAACGCAAGGCGCAAGGACAAAAAGAAAUUAAGUGGCGGAGACAGCAGUUCAAGCAGUGGGUCUGAGAGUAGCAGACCAACAUCAUUACACGAAGAUGGUGAACUCACCACAAACCUCAGAACAGGUGAUUUCUACGUUACAAGGCAUUCCAAUCUUGCCGAGUGUCACAUCAUCUUUCAUCUGGUGUCAGACGACAGCUUACGAUCCAGCGACAUCAACUCCCGACACCGCUGCAUCCUCGCGCUGCGGAACAUCUUGAAGUACGCCGUUCAGUUUGAUAUCCUCUCCAUCACGCUUCCAUUGUUCCUCAUGUAUGAGAUGUACGAGGAAAUGACAAUACCUUGGUGUAUUAAGCGAGCUGAACUAGUCUUCAAGUGUGUGAAAGGUUUCAUGAUGGAGAUGGCCACAUGGGGAGGGAACGAAUCAAGAACCAUUCAGUUUGUUGUACCAAAGGGUAUAUCAGAUGAUCUGUUCUCUCAGCUGAGCUCCAUGCUACCUCAGAUCUUCAGGAUGUCCAGGACAGUGGACCUUACUCAUACAGCGACCCCCAAGAGAAAGUGAUUUGUAAACCCAGCUUGAAAUGUCUCGUCUAAACCUUGCCUGGUAUAUCUGUUUG